AUGACGCUCUUCCACUUCGGGAACUGCUUCGCCCUGGCCUACUUCCCCUACUUCAUCACCUACAAGUGCAGCGGCCUGUCGGAGUACAACGCCUUCUGGAAGUGCGUCCAGGCCGGGGUCACCUACCUGUUCGUGCAGCUGUGCAAGAUGCUGUUCUUGGCCACUUUCUUUCCCACCUGGGAAGGCGGCAUCUAUGACUUCAUUGGGGAGUUCAUGAAGGCCAGCGUGGACGUGGCAGACCUGAUAGGCCUAAACCUUGUCAUGUCCCGGAAUGCCGGCAAGGGGGAAUACAAGAUCAUGGUUGCUGCCCUGGGCUGGGCCACCGCCGAGCUCAUUAUGUCCCGCUGCAUCCCCCUCUGGGUUGGAGCUCGGGGCAUUGAGUUUGACUGGAAAUACAUCCAGAUGAGCAUCGACUCCAACAUCAGCCUGGUCCAUUACAUCGUCGCCUCUGCCCAGGUGUGGAUGAUAACUCGCUACGACCUGUACCACACUUACCGGCCAGCAGUCCUCCUCCUGAUGUUCCUUAGCGUCUACAAGGCCUUUGUCAUGGAGACCUUCGUCCACCUCUGUUCCCUGGGCAGCUGGACGGCACUGCUGGCCCGAGCGCUGGUGACGGGGCUGCUGGCCCUCAGCACCUUGGCCUUGUAUGUCGCCGUUGUCAACGUGCACUCCUAGGCUUGGCAUCCCAGACUCUCACAUACCUUCUCCCCAUCCCC